AUGAAGUCCCGCUUCCCUGAUGACUGGGUGGCGCGGCCUGCUCUCCUGCCCGUCUCCUCCCUUGCUGCAGGACCUCUCCUGCUGGGCUUCGGCUUUUGCUCGUGCCACGCUAGUGCCAAAAGCAAGCUUACCCGCCCAAGCCCCGCUUGCGGGUUUCCUAAAAGCCCUUCCAACACACCCGCACGCACGAUGGUAUUCACGGGUGCCUACCUAGCGGCUGUUGACUUGGUGAACUUUGUCUUCAUCCUCUUCCCCAUCUGUGGCUGCAGACUGAAGUCUCACGUGGGUCGGGGCUCCCGGGAGAGGAAGAGGGGGCGGCGGCUCAGGGCCAGUGUAUUUGCCCUGGCCCUGCCGCUGAGCCUGGGGCCAGGCUGGGCGCUCUGGGCCGCCGUCCCAAAGGCUUCAGGCCCCAUCCGAGGGCCCCAGCGGAGGCUGCUGGAAAGCCUGCUGCAGGACAAUACUGAGAUCCUCGGCUACCUGUUGGGUGGCAUCGCCGCCUUUGGCUCCUGGGCUUCCCGGAUCCCCCCGCUCUCCAGAAUCUGCCAGGGUAAGGCGUUUCCCUCCAUCCACCUGUGGACCCGGCUCCUGUCGGCUCUGGCUGGCCUCCUCUAUGCCUCGGCCAUUGUGGCCCAUGACCGGCGGCCUGAGUACCUGCUUCGGGCCACGCCCUGGUUCCUGACCUCCCUGGGCCGAGCUGCACUGGACCUCUCUAUCAUAUUCCUCUCCUGGGUGAUGAAGAGCAAGAUGAGACGGGCCUUGGGAUUUGCCCCUGAAGCCGGAGAGAGCCCUGACACCCAAGCCCUCUUGACCUGCGUGGAGAAAGAGGAAGAAAGCCAGGAGAAUUCAGAUUGGGUGCCUCUCACUACACUACCACCCUGCAAAUCACUCAGGACAAUGGCAGCCAUCAGUCGCUACUUGGAGCUGACCAUCGAGCCCGUGCAGCAGGUAAGUGGUGGUGGGCUACAGCCAAGGGUCCAGAAGGGUGGGAAGUAGUCAUGGAAGGCUUCCUGGA